AUGUGUGUGUAUACUGUGUGUGUAGUGUAUAUGUGUGGUUAGUCAGUCGUAUGUAGCGUAGCGUAGCAGUUGUGGCGAGGCCAUUGAAUUAGAUCAAGCUUGGAGACAUCCAUGAUCCAACACUUGUUUUUGUUCAACUGCAAAACAGUCCCAUCACAUUGUUGAGUGAUUAUAGUUGCUCGAACUUAAGUUAGUUAAUCAAUAGCAGUUAAAGUGUAGAUAGUGAGAAAAGCACAAUUUUUACAAGGAGCUGCGAGUUAAUUGCAUUACUCGAGCCAUGGGAACGAAGGAAAAUUCAUCGAUAGCAGCUCACGCUGCCACGAAGACAGCUGCAGCGGCUACUGGACAACAACAACAACAACAGCAGCAACAACAGCAGCAGCAGGGCAGCACGACUUCUAUUCCCCCAGCCCUUCAGAAACCCUAUGGUCAAAUAAUGCUAACAUUGCAAAACGUUCUUUUACCAAAAGACAAAUUGGCUGCUACACCGUCCAGCCUCGAUGGCUUGGAUUCCGAUACAGAAAUUGACUUGCGUAUACUCGGCUGUGAAUUAAUUCAAUACGCUGGAAUUCUCCUUAGGUUACCUCAGGUUGCUAUGGCUACGGGGCAAGUAAUUUUCCAGAGAUUUUAUUACAGCAAAUCACUCGUCAGGUAUGACAUGGAAACCACUGCUAUGGCCUGUGUAUGUUUAGCUAGCAAAAUUGAAGAAGCUCCUAGGCAUAUUAGAGAUGUCAUCAACGUGUUCAAUCAUAUAAAACAAGUACAAAGUCAAAAAACCAUACAGCCUGUGAUACUUGAUUCAAAUUAUGUAGCUCUGAAGAACCAAGUGAUCAAGAGUGAGAGAAGAGUUCUAAAAGAACUGGGGUUUUGUGUCCAUGUCAAGCAUCCACAUAAGAUGAUUGUUGUUUAUUUGCAAGUUCUUGGUUAUGAAAAAAAUAAUCAGCUGAUGCAGCUUAGUUGGAACUACAUGAAUGAUUCCUUGCGCUCUGACGUCUUUGUAAGAUAUGAACCUGAAACUGUUGCCUGUGCCUGUAUUUAUCUCAGCGCUAGGCAAAUAAAGUUGCCUUUACCCAUGAAGCCUGCGUGGUUUAGCAUUUUCAAAGUAGUUGAAGCUGACAUAAGAGAUGUUUGCAGAAGUAUCUUGAGAUUAUAUGCUAGGCCAAGAGUGAAGGCUGAAGUUCUUGAAAAGAAAGUUGAUGAACUGAAAAAAAAAUACGAAGAAGCAAGAACAAAGGCUAGAGCAGUUGAAACAGGCGCAAAUACCCCCAGUCCACCCUUGGGUAAAGGACAUGGAAAUGCUUGGGGUGGAUUUAUUAGUAGAAAUCCCAAUACUUUACCUGCAACUAUAAAAUCACCAAAGAAUAAUAAAUCGACGUCAAAUACACCUGAACGUGUGGACUCUAUGAAGCAUUCCAAAAGAAAACGUCACAGUCGUAGUAGAUCGCGUAGUCAUAGUCGCUCACGAAAAACUAAAAAAUCAUCGAGGCGGAGAUCUAGCAGUCACAAAUCAUCACGAACUCAUCGAGAUUAUAGAUCGAGGAGUCGGUCACGAGAUCGAUCUACUAAACGAAAACACAGUAGAAAAAAUUAAAUGAACAUAGAUCAAUUUUACGGAAUGAUGCUAAUAUGUAAAUUUCAGUUCUGUCAAUGAACUCAACAAAUCUUCGAUUUAUUUUUCAAUUGUAAUUUAAUAGAGCAUGAAAGGCUCAUAAAAAUUAUGAUUUAUUUAUAAUAAUUUGUGAUCGAUGUUUUUUUGUAAACCGGAUUUUUGCGAAAAUCGAAAUUAUUUUUAUGACACAGAAUUGUGCUCAAACGAAUUGAGCCUUUCUAUCUACGUGAGUACAGAAAUAAAAUUACUGUAAAUAUUCUAGUUUUUCGAUCAAUUUCUGUACUGUGAACGCAAAAGAGCGUAAAUUCACAAUAAAUGUGAGCCUUUUAAAAUUCUUUUGUAAAGUAAAAGUAAUUUUGUACGAUGCUUUGAAGCAAAUGUAAGUUUGAAAAGUUAGCUUCAACUAAAUCACAGUAAACAUAUUUGACUUGAUUUUGAAGAAAUUUUUAUUGCUGAGAAAUUGUUUGUUUGUGUAUGAUGUAACUUUUUUUGAAAUGGAAUCAAGAAAUAUGGAUAAUUAUAAGGCGCGUUGCGAGUUUACGAAAACUUUGAGAAAUUAGGAAGGAAUUGGUGUAUUGACCAAGAUGUAAGAUGUUAAUUGAUAAUUAUUGUAAUAAAAAUAAAAGCAAAA